UGGACAUGCCCUAUACACGGGGCGAUUAAUCAAAUCUGACACUUUUCUGACAUGUAACAACCCGUAUUCUAACCUCAUUAAAAUUUCAAAAUGCCGGCUGGUUGGUUGAUGACGUCGUCAAUGGUGCUCUAAAAUAUGGCCGCGAUUCCCAAAAAAAGGAAUCCUGUGUAGUUGUGUGUAUUAUCCUUGCGCCUGUAGUCGGUAAUCGGUGUCGCACCGGUUCAAAAAGCAUCAGCAUAUCCUUAAAGAGCGGAGCUUGAUGAAAACGCUAGUGCUGUAGUGGUGUCAAAAGUCAAAUCACUUUUUUCCAUUUGUUUCAUAUGUUUGUUAUGAUUUGUAUUUAUGAGGAGAUUAUUCAAAAAAUAUCCAAAAUCAACAGAUUCAAGCAAUAUAAUAUGUGGUUUAAAUUUGUGUAAGGUGUAAGUAAUUUUGGAAAAGAGAAAAGACAAAUGAAGCUAUGAUUGAAUCAUGUCCCAAAAAACGUAUGCUGUUAGGAAUUACCUUGCUAGGAAUAUUAACCAUUGUAGUACUAAUAGUCGAAUCGCAUUGGACAGACAACAAUCACAUACCAACACGAAAAACUAACUUUGAAGUGGAGCACAAUUCUACAUGUUUCCAGAAAGAAGCUUACGAAGUAAUAAAAGACUGUGAACCUUGUUCAGCCUAUGAACUACGAAGCAAUAGCUUGGGCGUUUGUAUACACACUCAAUACAAAGAGGUUUUGAAGUGUGCAAAUGGAGAAACAGUUUCAAGAAGUUGUGAUAGGGCUGCCCAUCAUGACGAAAAAAUAUUUUGGAGAUUUGAAGGAUUCAUGUUCGGGCUUAGUAUCAUCUCGACUCUCUGUGUUACAGCCAGAAAAAAAGUGCUCAACAAACGAAUGUUGCAAAGGGUACAGAGACAAUUAGCGAAUUGUGUUUAACUUUCUUGUAAUUUGCGUGUCACAUAUAUCACAGCUAAAGAACAUUAUAAUUUUCUUGAGAUAAUAUAUAGCAUCAUUUGG